AUGACCAGAGAAGCUAAAGAGACGGGGGCGGCAGCAAGGAAGGCCACAGUCCCUCAGGACCCACAAAGUGUAAAGAUGAAAACCUGGUCAUCUUCGAAGAAAGGAAGGGCGGAACCGAAUACUCGAUACACGGUUACCUUAUUUGUGCAUAAAAAUAUUCAUUCUGCGGAAAAACCGUAUAAUUGUGAUGUCUGUGGUAAAUCAUUCUCUGCAAGUAGCACCUUAAUUAAACAUAUACGUAUCCACACAGGAGAGAAACCAUAUGAAUGUGAUAUCUGCGGACAGGCAUUCACUGAGGAUGGUCAAUUAAAAAGUCACAGGCGUAUUCACACAGACAAACGUUUUCAUACAGGUGAGGAGCCAUUUCACUGUGAUACCUGUGGUAAAUCCUUCUCUGACAACCCCGAACUUAACACGACACCAACACUACUUGCUGAUGUAAUGCUGGAUAAAGAACGUCAGAAAAAAAAACUGGAGAGUCAUGGAUGGAAUGUAACUGCAUCUGCUGAAGAAGUCUGA